GUUUUACGAGAAUACGACUUAUACUGAUAGUACUACAUACCCUGGUACUUUAAACAAUGUUGAUUUGGAAUUGGCUAUUGACAUGGUACCGGCAUAUUUGUUAAUACGUUCACAACCCUAUACAACUAACGGCGAAAUGAUAUUAGACAAAAAGCAAGAGAAGAUAAAAGAUCCAUUGAAAAAUACAAAGACAGGUAAAAGAAAAACAAACAAAGAAAAGGCAGAAGCUAAAAAGUCUAAAACUAAAGAUAUUCCAGUAUAUAAUAAUAAAAGAGUUCCAGUUGAAGAAUAUAAAAAUCCAUUUGACUAUUUUGCUUUUGAGAAUAAUUUAUUAACUGCAUAUACAAUGAAGAAACAAUCUUGGUGGAAAAAGAGAUGCAAAAUACAACAGCCAAUGACAUUAGAUCUACAUUCUUAUGGGAAUGUAGAAUUUGUUGCAAAGAACUUGACAGCAAGAACAGUUUAUUUGAUCACUACGAAAUGCACAAAGCAAUCGCAAACCAGUUAGACGAGUCAACUGAAAAUCAAAUAGAGGUUGUAGAAGAAAAAAAAAUUACUUGUGACCUUUGUCAAGCUACUUUUAAAAAUAAAUGGAGUUAUAAUUCUCAUGUUAUACGAUCACACAAAUCCAAGGAAGAUUACUGCGAAAUAUGUAAGAAAAACUACGAAAAUGAAUACAGCCUAAGCAUCCACAACGCGACACACAGUUCCGAUCCCAAAACAUUCGUUUGCGUCGUUUGUAAAAAAUUUAGUACUCAAAUUACAGAUUUCUUAUUUUUCCAUAUUCGUUCAGAACACGUAAAGGAAGAAUUAUACUGUAAGGAAUGUGAUAAACAUUUUUUCUCGAAAAGCUGGCUUGAAGACCAUAAAAUAUUUCAUAAAAAUCAAGAGAAGUAUACGCCAAACCGGUGCAGUGUUUGCUUUCUCGAAUUUUAUACCAGUCGCCAACUGCUUGUUCACAUGCAAGUCCAUGAUACUAAGUCUCUUGUUCUGUUCAAAAAAUACAAAUGUGACACAUGUAACUUAACUCUACCGUUUAAGAAAAACUUGGAUCAACACAUGGAGAAUGUUCAUUCCAGC